AUGCAGAAAAAUAAGUGGGCGGUUAAUUUAAGGAUUCUCUUUUUCAGUGGCAACCUCGAAAACCUUAAGUUGGUUCUUUCACCAUCGUCGAAAGAAGAAAAGUUUGUAGCUUUCAUGGGUUAUGGCUGUAUUAUCGGUGCUUGGUUGUCAGCUGGUUUCUUGAUUUUAGAUUGGGACAGACCCUGGCAAGCAUGGCCAAUCCCAUGUGUGGUGGGGGCAUUUUUGGGUGUUAUUGUAGGAUUGUUGGCUUUCAAAUUAACUCCCCUUCUCUCUUAUCUAUUACGGCAUCGAGUGUCAAGUUCUUCAAAGUUUAGAACCUUCCCUCAGGUUCCUACAGAUAAUAAAUAUCGUUGUGAUUAA